AUGCCAGAGUCGUCGAAAUCCUCAAGAAAUGGCACCUCGCCCCAUAGUUACGAAAUCUUUCGUGCCGCCACCGGCGCGUUAUACAAAAGGUUGAGGGCCCAAGAGACUCACAAAACCACGCACAAUCGUCUUUUUUCCAUCGUCUUCAACUUCCUCGCCAUACUUCAACUGGUUGUUGGAGCAACUAUCACAGCACUAGGGCCAUUGUCCGCUGAUCACAUGGUUGCAAUCACCAUCCUAGGGGCAAUUAAUACUAUUGUUGCUGGUGUCCUUGCCCUUAUGAAGGGACGCGGGCUACCGCAGCGGCUACGAAAGGAUUUAACCGAGAUCAGAAAAGUUAAGACCUAUAUCGAAGAGGUGGAGAUAAGUCUAAGAUACGAUGCGGACGAGCAGGUAAAUCGAAACGUGAUGAGUCUAAUCAAAGACUGUUUCAACCGGUACAGGAUAAUGCAGGAAGUGAUCGACAUAAACCAACCAGACUCUUAUGUCAAUGCGCCGCAGCUGGAAAGAGGCAAUCAGUCAGGAAGUGUUCGUGUAGUUGAUGAGGAAAUGGGUAUCUUAGCCAGAUAA